CGUCAUGCGGGAGCGGCGGCUGCCCAAUGGCGGCCGCCUCAGCUGUGUCGCGGGAGGAUCACAGAUAAGGUUCAAAAUUAUCAUAUGUCCCUAGCAUACCAUGGUAGAUGUGGUAAAGAAAGAGACUAUGGAUGACAUCACAUUUAGAAGCGACACUGUACUUUCUGAUGUUCAUCUACAUACGCCAAGCAAAAGACAUCUCAUGGUGCGAUUGAAUACUGUUGGACAGCCAGUAUUUCUGUCACAAUUCCAGCUUCUUUUGAACAAAAAUAAUUGGGAGUCUGAGAGAAAAAAUGAAAAAGAACUUACAACAGAAAAUAUGGGACACCAAACCAGAGGUGGGAAGGAAUUGUGUGACAAAGGUGGUAGUAAUGUAGAUUUUCUCAACAAAAAUGGAAGAGAAGCAAAUAAUUUUAAAGGGAUAGAAGCUCUGCUGGAUGAUGAUGGGGAUUUGGAAGUGGUCAGAAGACCUCGAUAUGUGUCUGAUCCAGAAGUGGAGGAUCUUUCAAGGGAUAAAGUAUAUCCCAUAAUUCUGACUAAAGGAGGAGAAGGUAUUUUUGAAGAUGCAAAGCAAGAAAGUAUCCACAAUAAUAUUAUUAAAAUAGAGCAUACAAUGGCAACAACAUUGGAAGAUGUUGGUAAACAAGUCUGGCGAGGAGCCUUUCUUCUUGCAGAUUAUAUCUUGUUCAAACGGGAUAUGUUCAGAUGUUGCACGGUACUAGAGCUUGGAGGAGGCACUGGAAUUACAAGCAUUGUCAUGGCAAUGGUUGCUAAGACUGUAUACUGCACAGAUGUUGGUGAAGAUCUUCUGGCUAUGUGUGAGCAAAAUGUAACAUUAAACAAACAUCUUACUGAACCAGAAGGAGGUGAAGUUAAGGUAAAAGAGCUGGACUGGCGGCAAGAUGAGUUCUGUACAGACCCUGAAGCUCCCUACAGUUGGUCUGAAGCAGAGAUUGCUGAUUUGCAUGACCACACCACGGUGAUACUGGCAGCUGAUGUUUUUUAUGAUGAUGACUUAACAGAUGCUUUAUUCAAAACACUGUACAAAAUCACCCACAACUUGAAAAACUCUUGCACAAUUUACUUAUCAAUAGAAAAGAGGCUGAACUUCACCUUAAGACAUAUGGACAUUACAUGUGAAGCUUACAAUCAUUUUCGAAAUACUUUGAAUGAUCUGGAAACCUUACAAGAUAGCAAAAUGAAAUAUACUUCUGAGCCCAUUAAGCUUGCUUUCUGCCAAUUUCUUGUUUAUGAACGGAUUGAGCAGUUGGAGCUGUGGAAGAUCAUUGCUGAACCACUUUAGUGACCUCUUUCACAUAAGACAGCUGAAAACCUUGAGGCAGAAAAUUAAUGCUGUUCUACAAUAAAACAAUCUGAAGUUUUUUCCAGAAGAUGUGCUCCCAAUGAUACCAUAAGCCAAGAAACUGAAUUUGAUGCAGAUUUGCCUUAAACUAAUUAAAUAUAUCUUGUAUCACUUAGAGGAUGAUUUCUUUAAAGUUUUUAAUUAUAUGAUGCUGUUUUUAAAUUGCUCCUCAUAGUACAGAUCUGAAAACUACUCAACUACUUCUGUCAGCUUUGUGAUGGAUCCACAGAUACUGGUUCUCUAAUAGUAGUGAUAAGGUGUCUCUACUCCUGGGAUCAGUAAUUUUUUUUCUAUGACUUUGUCCCUGUACACUAAUAACCACCUAUCCAACCUCUUUCCAUAUUACAGAAGUGUCAAUCUCAUACACUUACAUUUAUUUCUAAUAAUCAGUAAACUCAGUCAGACCCAGAUUCUACUUCCAUACCAUGUUGAUAUUAUAGACUCUUGUGGAGUGAUCUGCAAUAGGCCCAGCUGCUUUUCACUAGGUGGUUGUUUCCUCAGUUCAGAGCAAUCUAUUUUUAAAACUUUGGAAUGAACUAUGAAAAUGGAGGACUACCUUUUCCCCUACAUGGACCUUUUUAGUGUAGAGGCCAGGAUUUCAAUUGAAGCACGGAGUUCAGCCUUCAGGUUUUGUAUGCCUUCCUCUGGAGCAAUCCUGCUCACAUCUUAUGCUGUUCAAUCCCUGCCAAGCUGAGGGUGGCAUGAAUUGUCCACCCUCUUUCAGUCCAUAGAUUCUAGUCUCACAACAUACCUGUGGGUGGGUGAGAUUUUGGGAGAAGGAGGAAGUUAAUGCCAUGGAGCCUCUUUUGCAUUGCCCACAUUGCAUAUUCUUGGACCUCUUGGCUAUUAAAUAAAAGUAGGGUUUGUUGAUCACAGCUCUCCUGGUUAAUAAAAAACAAACCCCACAAUAUAUGUUCUAUAUUUCUGCCAUAAUUUUUUUUUUUUUUUUUUUUGGUGGAGGUAGUCUGUCAUGGUCACCCACUUUCCCCACACCUGCAGUCAUGGGAACUCUUCCUCCUGCUGAAGAGCUCUAGACUUCUUCUCUAGAGUUGUUUUAAGUGGGUUAAAGUGCUGCAUGCUGCUCCCAGUGUCUGAACAUGCUCGUUCCAUAGUUCUUCCAGCCCAGAGAGCUGUGAUCUUUCAUGUAGUAAUGUGUUGUGCUUUAUACUAGAUGGCCAAACAAGGCCUCUAGUAGUAGUUUUAAAAGAGGGUUUAUGCUUGAUUUGAUUAAUUCUUUUAGGGAAGUAAUUACUGCUUUUCUCUUUACAUGCAUGAGGAUAUUAUUUCCACGUGAUGUUCUUAGUUGGGUUAAAAUAGUUUUGUGGGAGGGUUUUGUUUGUUUGGUUAGAAGCACUUUAGAUAGCACAGUUGAUCCGUUAACCAUAUAGUUAAUAUAUCCUUGACUAGAUUUGUGUAGCAUAUCAGUCUGUGAAACCCCUUAUUUAACCAUUUUAAAACACUUGGAUAUUAUUUUGUAAUGAUGAUCUUAGCCCAGGUGUAGUUCAUUAUAUCAGAUAGGUGCAUUGAUCAAAGAGGCUACAUAUUGUAUCUUGGAUAAUAUGUGGUAAGACUGACUUAAUUCCAUUGGGACUGAUGUUUUGUUUAAUAAAUAUAGAAAUCUGAGAUUAGCUUUGUUUUUCUAGGUAGUACCAUCUUGUGUCAUAAUUUUCACACUGUUUUAGUCUGACAUUUUAUUCAUAACGAACAAGUUUUCUUUAACCAUCUGAGUUAAGUACUGCAUAGCAUCUUUAAUUUUGAACUUUGUUAUUUAAAAGCUAUACAAAGUUCACUAACCCCAAUGACAUACAGAGAAGCAAAGUUGUGGCUCUGAAUGCAAAUGGAUUGCACCCCUUUAAAAGAGGUGGGAGCAUGUAAUGGCUAUAAUGAAUGUCAAAAAUGCUUCUGUAAACAGGAAUUUCUUUAGUAUUGUUUAACUUCAAAUACAAUGGUAAAAGCCAUAUUUUAAUCCAGGGUUUCCAAGUUGCUGUCCAUGGGAUACUUUGCAGAGCAUGUACUGGUGAUCUGAUAGAACUGACAGUUCAUGUAGUCCAGGCUGCUGAUUCUUGUUUCUUCAAAUAUCCAGGCUCUUCUUUGCAAAGAAGAGCCUAGUAGCCAGUAAAAAUAGGUGGAAAUAACAAGGCAACUUAGCUGCUUCCACUAGGGGCCCUGCUACAAGUGGAGGAAACAGGAUCCGGAGCCAGGGGUAGCGUGGAGCUGCCAGUUGCAGAGGAAUGUCCAGGAAGAAGGGAUACAGUCAGUUGAUCAGUGGAGCGAAGGGAGCUGAAGCUCCAAUUCAGCAAAACUAUUAAACUAGCAAGUCGUCCAAUUGAUUUCAAAAUUAAAAUUGCUUAAAAUUAAACACAUGCUUAGAUGCUUUGUUGGAUUUAGGGUCCAAGUGACAGAAAAAUGGCUUAGGGAUCUUGUGUGAUCUGAGGUGAGGGAGUGGGUGUGUGUGCACAUGCAUUCUAUCUGAACUUAUUAAAAUGGAUUAAAAGAUUUUUCAGUAUAUAUUCAGUUUGAGUCACAAACCUUACAUGAAGAAAAUCUGUCAGUUUUCUUGUGGUUCAGAAAAUCCCUCCAAGAAGACUUAAAAUAUGUAUUUUUCUUGAAGACUGAAAUGUGACACCUGGCGGGGACUGUUUGGGGGAACAUGCAUUUAGAGUCUGCUCAUGUGAAUAUUUGACAGUUCAGAUUUUUGCCAGAUUUUCAAGAGCCCAGCAACUCCCAUUUGGGCAUCUAAAGAAGUGGCCAGCUCUUUAAAACUGCAUCAUGCCCAGCAGUAGACAACCUGCUGCUAAGUUCUGAGCAGUGUUAGAAGUCUGGCCACUUCAUGUAGGUGCCUAAGUUGGAGCUGAGCUGUUUGUGUUGAUCACUCUUUGGGGGGGGACUUCUAUUUAAUUUUUAAAAUAUACUGACAAUUUAAUAGGUGUGUUGAAAUGUGCCUUACAGCAUUUAUCUAAUAUAUCAAAACUCUGCAGUUUUUGUAUUUUUAAAAGUGAUAUUAAGACCGCAAACGAGCAAUUGUUUCAAAUUUCUUCGCUUGCUACGUAAUGUCAAUAAAUUGCUGUCAAAGAAGUUUCAGCUAGAAGCAAACUUUUACAACCAAGUUAUAAGCUUUAGAAAAUAUGGAGAUCUUGGGUCAGUGGUGACAGCUGAAAGGAAGCGCAGCCUUUGCAGUUGUGGAAUGUGCUUUUGCAAAACUGUUUUGUUAUGUAAUUAAUGUGGUGAAAGGCUUUGUUGUUCUUGGGCAAAUACUAAAGGCAUGAUUUUACUUUGAAAAUUAAUUUGUGUUUUGAAAGUGUGGUGUAACAAGAUAAAUGAAACAGAACCUUUAUGUGGAAAAGUUGUGUGUGGUUAAGGGAGCGUUUUUACUUUUUCUGUGCAGAUUUUUUUUUUUUUUUUACUUUCAGAGGAGCCUGAAAAGUCAACCCAGCCACCAGCAGAAGGAAACUUUGAAUCAUACAGGUAGAGUGACAUUGUAGAUUUA